UGUUGAGACAUGCAACAGGUGGUGUAAUUAUAGUACUUUAUGCAUAUGCUCUUGAAUGAUGCUGGAAGCCUUAUGCGCCUCAGUUCUUUAUACACAUCAAAGAUUUGAUGAAAUGCUCCUAUUAUGAUCCUGGAAUGUAGGAAGGAUAAGAUGGUGAUAUCUGAUCCUUGCCUGUGCCUGACCCCUGCUGUUGCGGUUUUUAAUAUCUCAAUAUUCAGGGACUGUAUAAAAGCUGAACAACAGAAGGAUGGGAAGGGGAUUUGGAUUAGGAGCUCCCUAAAGUCAUGGGGAACAAGCAAACUAUUUUCACUGCUGAACAGCUUGAUACAUACCAGGAUUGCACCUUCUUUACAAGAAAGGAAAUACUCCGACUUUUCAACAGAUACCGGGACUUGGCACCACAGCUUGUUCCAGAUGACUACACAAAUAAACCAGAUGUGAAGAUCCCUUACGAGCUCAUCGGCAGCAUGCCUGAGCUUAAGGAUAAUCCUUUUCGGCAGCGCAUCGCUGAGGUUUUUUCAGAGGAUGGAGAUGGGAACAUGACAUUGGAUGACUUCUUAGAUAUGUUUUCAGUAUUAAGUGAAAUGGCACCUAAAGACUUAAAAGCUUACUAUGCCUUUAAAAUAUAUGAUUUCAAUAAUGACGAUUACAUAUGCAAGUCAGACCUAGAGAAGACACUCAACAAACUUACUCGGAAUGAGCUUACCCCUGAGGAAGUUUGCCUGGUGUGUGAGAAGGUGAUUGAUGAGGCUGAUAUUGAUAAUGAUGGCAAAUUGUCACUGGAAGACUUCCAGCAUAUGAUUGUUAGAGCUCCAGAUUUCCUCAGCACUUUCCAUAUCAGGAUUUAACGUCUCUGGGUAUAAUUUUUUUUACAGAUGAAUAGAUCAAAUCUUAUAUUCAUCCUGUACUCUUUGUAAUUCUUUAACCCAAAUUUUUGUGGACCAAUGUCAACAGACUUUGAAGAACUUACCAAAUAUGCCCCUGAAGACGCUACAGAAAAUACAAGAACUUUAAAUAAUCUUCUCAUAUAUUUUUUUAUUGGUUUCAUUGCUGGUUUUACCUGAGGAAAUAUUUAAUAGUUGUGUAAUAAAGCCAUGGGGAUCUUAAGUGGCACAUUAGCUGUGAUGUCACACUUGUACUACUGACAAAAAAAGCAUAGCCUUGUUAGGGACCUGCUGUUUUGGACUUAGCUAGUAUAAGGGUUCCUGCUAACCACAUCCAACCCAUUAAAAUUUUUAAGAGCACUAAUCCCGGGCUGUCUUCCAGAGAGCAGGAACAAAGCCAGGCUGGAGGCUUUUAUUUGAUUAUAAGUAAAUAAUUUAUCAAUCCCCAAAAAAGCAAAAUCCAUAAAAAUAUACCGUAAUAUAUAUAAUAUAAUAAUAUAAUAUAGAGUGGAGUACUAUUACAGGAUAUGUAAAAUUCACAUGGCAACCCAUGCUUUUUUACAGCAGUUGACCACCUGCAUGUUAAACAAAUGAGAUUAUGAUUUUCUCUGUUCUGCUCUAUAUUUAGUAGUGCUGUAAUAUGUAAUUGCUUAGAAAACUAAAUAAUCUCAUCUCACCUGUGUUGUCACCUGUGUUGUCAGCGGCAUCCUGAACCUAGUGUGGCCCUUUACAUUAUAGCAGAGCUAGUAGAUGCGUAAGGUAUUGUACAGUAGUGUGUCCAUUUACAUUAUUAGCACAUCAGGGUAGGGACCUUACUCCUUUUGACUCUCACUCUUUUUGACUUACUGCACUGUUAUUAUAUAUUUGUACUUCAUUAUGAACUUUUUGCAGGUUGCUUAAAAACCUUUUAAAUAAAUACAUAUAUAUAUACACACAUAUAUAUAUAUAUAUAUAUAUAUCUAUAUAUAUAUAUAUAUAUAUAUAGAAAAAUGUUGGUUAUCCGCACUCCACUGUAUUCAGCAAGCAACCCAGGUGCUACUCAGAAUCCGCAUAAUCAAUAUCUUCCAAAGUAAAUGAGUGCACACUGGGAACCUAUCGGCAGUUUAGUUUAAAA